AUGGAGGGCCCCGGCAACUACUCCAUUCCUGGCAGCUGCGGCAGCUUCGUGGAGUGUGUGAGAGAAGAGGUGGAGCAGGAGGUGGGUGGAGGGACCAGGAGGAGGGUGGAGGUGCGGCCCUUCCACCGCUCCUGUGAGCCCCACCUCGCCUUCUCUCCCCACACAAACACCUGUCUGGAGGAGUCACUGGUCAUGGGUUGUAACAAGUUCAGAAAACACGAGACGUUGGACCUUCUCCACGACCCGCUGAUGGACCACGUGUGCAGUAAAGCGCCCAACCAGUACAUGUGCGCUAACUGCAAGAUGCUCGUCAACUGUCUUAACGGCAAGGCCCACCCUCAGCCCUGCCAAGACUACUUCUGCUACAACAACUACCAACACUUUGGCGGCAACGUCUGCUACCCUGUAGAGCCCAAAGGCUGCUCCUGUCCUGAUGCGAAUGUGUUCUACCGCGACGCCUACGAUCCCGGGGCCUUCUUCAUCUGCAGCGACGACGGCGAGCGCCACAUGCAUCACUGCCCCGAAGGAUACACCUUCGACGAGAAGCUGGUUGAGUGUCGCAGCGCCUCUGGUCUGCCCAGCUGUCGAGAGCCAGGAACCUUUGCCUUCGCCGAGGACUGCACCAGGUAUUACACCUGCAUCGUCACACAGGAAGGGUGGCUACAACACGAGUUCAGGUGUCGAGGCGAGAACGAACUCCACUUUUUCAAUGAGCAGACCGGGAGGUGCGAAAGCCCUUGCAACUGGAAGCAGCCGAUGUUCAAUUGUACAGAAGAAGGGAGAUUUGGGGACCCGUUGGACUGCCGGAGGUUCUUCGUGUGCACCUGGAACACCAUAACUAACAGCUUCCGACAGGUGCUUCGUCAGUGCCCAGACGGGUACGAGUGGCAGCAGGUUCUGAGGGACGGGUCUGGCCGCUGUACCACUAUGGUAACCAACGACUGUAUCCCCGUCACCACCACUCGCUGUAUCGUUCCUCGUGGUCUCUGUAGCACAUGAUCAUUUUGGACCCUGCUUCUGUGACACAACUAAUCGACUGGUCCUCAGAAGUGACUGAUUUGUUAGCUAUCUGAUCUCACCAACUGUGACUAACUGCGGCUCAGUCUUGAGGUCUCUUUGACCAGCGUGUACAAAGUAAUAGAAAUUAGCUUGAUCGGAAUGCACUGUGUCUUAAAGGGCCUUUAGACUGGCUGUGUAACUGUUGAAGUCUCCUCUUUAACAGCCAGACUGUGUUAAAGAGUGACCCAAAAUAACUUCAAAGCGGA